AUGAAUGACCCCAGGACACGCACGAACUUAUGUGACACACGACGAGAUGUUGUAUCCCGAAGAAACCGGAGGAUAACAACACUGUGUGUACAUUGUAUGACGGUACUUCACAGCUUCAUCUGUACCGUAUCUAGCAAUAAGCUUUUGCAUGUAAUAUAUCAGCCCUGCAUCAUCAGCAGUCCAAGACUGCUGAUUUCGAUAUACCGUCUUUCGAAUUAUUCGGGCUACAGCGAGGCAAAUGAGACCUUGCGACAGUCAACCUUACGGGCUAUGAGGCUCAAAACCGAAGCCAUAACUCCAUUGGCGACAAUCCAAGCGUUCAAUGUACGCCAAGCUCGUCUCGAUUCAUUGUGCACCUUGCCAACUGCAUCUUUGAGGACAAAUACUUAUCGAGCGGUACUCCCCAUAAGACAACUGACACUGGCACAACCUCAUCGCAGCAACUCAAGGCCACCGCCACAUGCCUACAUCUCACCACACUAG